AUGAAUGUGAGAACUGUUUUCAUCAUACUCCUUCUGGGCUUGGUUGCAAUUCUUGUCUUGGUGUGCAUCUUGGUGUCCAGAAGUGGAAACUGCAAUUCCUCGCCGCCGCAAACUUUCCCAGAAUACCGGCAGAGUGAACGGAGUUGGCUUUUUGCUGAUUUGACCCAAGAAGAAAUGCUCCAGGUGGUUCGGUACCUGAAGACCAAUCUUGGGACAACACUGAAAGAUGCUUCUAAUGCAAAUCCUUCAGACAACUGCAUCUAUUCCAUUGACCUCCAGCUGCCACCCAAAGCAACAUCUCUCUCAUACCUCGAUAACAGAGGAAGCCGCCCACCUAGACAAGCAUUAGCUAUCGUGUACUUUGGUAACCAGUCCGUUCCAAACAUCACCGAGUUCAUUGUGGGGCCUUUGCCAGAACCAUCCUAUUACCAUGAUGUGACAGUGCAGAAGUAUGGAGAGAAGAUACCUUAUUAUCGCAGGCCUCCCCUAAACGCCGAAUACAAACAGAUGGCAUUCUUUCUGCACAGUAAAGUGUUUCCCACAGCCCCAAGCUUCAUGCGUGAAGUCAUGAGCUAUGAUGGGACUAAUCUAGCAGCAGUGACUACAUCUCCCCGGGGAAUGAGGUCUGGAGAUCGCUCAACGUGGUUAGUCCUGUGCCAAAAUGUCAGUGGUUUCUUCAUGCACCCUGUUGGGCUGGAGGUACUGCUUGAUCACAGUAGCCUGGAUGUUUCCCACUGGAAUGUGACAAAAGUGUUUUACAAUGGCCAAUAUUACAGAGACUUGGCACAUCUGGAGAAAGACUUCAUGGAGGGGUGUCUGCAUGUGCAGAAGCCAAAAAGGGUGCCACGUGAUGGUGGUUUUUCCUCUCUGAAGCCCAGAGUGAACUCCAUUGUGCCAGACCCUUUAUAUUAUGAGCCUUCUGGAGAACGUUAUAUUGUGAGAAACAACCAGGUCUACUCCUCAUCCUGGAAUUUUGCCUUCAGGAUGGAUCUGAGUAGGGGCCCGAGACUCUUUGAUAUCAGGUUUAAAGGGCAACGGGUUGUCUAUGAGCUCAGUGUACAGGACACAAUGUCUGUCUAUGGUUCCAGCAACCCUGGUGGGAUGACAACCCGGUAUAUGGAUUCAAGCUUUGGAAUUGGAUACUUCACAAACUCACUGGUGCGAGGGGUUGACUGCCCAUAUUCUGCCACCUAUGUUGAUGUUUCCUUUUUAGCUCAAUCAGAAAGGCCCCUCCUGACCCGAGAUGCCUUCUGUGUUUUUGAGCAGGUCUCGGGGGCUCCACUUCGGCGCCAUUAUUCCAAUCUUUAUUCUCUCUACUUUGGAGGACUGCCUGGCACUGCACUGGUCUUACGCUCUGUGACUACCGUUGGCAAUUAUGACUAUAUCUGGAACUUUGCCUUCUAUCCAAAUGGAGCCAUUGAAAGUAAAGUUUACCCCUCAGGCUACAUAAUGUCUUCUUUCCUCCAGGACGGUGGACUUGAUUUUGGAAACAAGGUUAACGAUCAUACCCUAGGAACAAUGCACACCCACUUUAUCGGCUACAAGGUGGACCUGGAUAUUGGUGGUAAGUGUCUGCAUUGUCCAUUUUCCCAUUUCUGGCACAUUGAUUCAAAAACCUACAGAACUGGGGGGCAGGAAAAGAUGCUGCUAUCUGUAUUUUGA